AUGAGGUACCUGGCAUUGCUGCUUCUGUAUGCUGUGGGGACCCUGUGCACAAGUGCGUUGUCCCAAACUCCUUCUUACGGGGAACGAGGAUCAGAUGUUGGUAUUAAAGUGUUUCAACAAGUCGUCCAUUCCAAGCCUCUGGACAAUGUGGUUCUUUCACCUCAUGGAGUGGCCUCUGUUCUUGGCAUGUUGCUACCGGGAGGUCAUGGAGAUACCCGCAAACAGGUCCUCAGCGCUCUGCGAUACAAGAAAAAUGGACCUUACAGAAUGUUGAGGAAACUGCACAAGACCUUGACUGCAAAGUCCAACCAGGAUGUUGUUCUCAUUGCCAACGGGAUAUUCAGCAAAGAGGGCUUCCCCAUGCAAAAGACCUUUGUGGAAACCAACAAGGCAAACUUCCAAGCUGAAACCAGAAGCAUGGACUUUAGUGACCCCCAAGGGGCAGCAGACCAGAUCAAUGCAUGGGUCAGCAACAAAACAAGAGGUCACAUCACAAAGCUGAUCAAAGCUGAUAUGCUGGAUUCUGCCUUGGCCCGCUUGGUCAUUAUCAACUCAAUCUACUUCAAAGGCUUAUGGAAGUCACGCUUCCAGUCUGAAAACACCAAGAUGAGGCCAUUUGCUGAUGGCAAUGGCAAUGUAUUUAAAGUUCCUAUGAUGUCCCAGCUAUCAGUCUUCAACAUUGGCAUAGCCACCACUCCUCAGGGGGUGAAAUAUAAGGUGAUCGAGCUGCCCUAUCACGGCAACACUAUUAGCAUGCUGAUUAUUCUACCUACUGAAGUGGAUGUGCCUUUGUCACAUGUCAUCCCACAUAUUAACACUGCUACGGUGCGGAGUUGGAAUAAGCUGAUGCACAUGCGAAAAGUGCACCUUUUUUUCCCCAAGUUCACUGCUGAUGUUGAGGUGGAUUUAAAGACCCCCUUGUCAGCGCUUGGUAUAACAGACAUGUUCAGUCAGGACAAAGCUGACUUCAGGCACCUGAGUUCAGAGCCUGUAUAUGUUUCGAAAGCCCUCCAGAAAGCCAAAAUUGUGGUGAACGAAGAUGGCACAAAAGCAGCAGCUGCCACUGCUGCAAUUUUGAUGGCUCGGUCCUCUCCUCCUUGGGUUUCAGUGGACAGACCAUUCCUCUUCCUCAUCCAACAUAAGCCAACUGGUACACUCCUAUUCAUAGGCCAAAUCAACCAACCCUGA